UUACUUUGUGAAAAUACAGAGAAAGCAUACUAGGCUUCUGAAAUCCUGCAGUAAUAUUUUCAGAUAUUACCCUAAACGAUGAACCUUUUCCUCCAGCUUAAAAUAUUAAGCCAGCAUUGCUUCAGCUUGCUUUGCAAGGCUUAACUAUAUCUGCAGUUAUGUAAGUUUCAGUUAUGUGAUAUUUCAUGGGCAUCUAUUUAAACAUACAACUAUUAUUUUUAGUUGAAAUAUAGACUAUAUAAAGACUUAAAAGAUGUGGGAUCAAGGUGGACAACCUUGGCAGCAAUGGCCUUUGAACCAACAGCAGUGGAUGCAGUCAUUUCAGCACCAGCAAGAUCCAAGCCAGAUUGAUUGGGCUGCAUUAGCUCAAGCAUGGAUUGCUCAGCGAGAAGCCUCAGGGCAACAGAGUGUAGUGGAACAACAAGGAAUGAUGCCAAACGGACAAGAUAUUUCAGGAAUAGAGUCUGGUCCCAACAACCAUAAUAAUUUUCAGGGGGAUCCCAACUUCAACAGAAUGUGGCAGCCAGAAUGGGGAAUGCCUCACCAGCCCCCUCACCCACCUCCAGACCAGCAGUGGAUGGCUCCAACCACAGGGCAAAUGGAAAUCGUUCCUCCAUCUGAAGACAGCAACAGUCAGGACAGUGGGGAAUUUACUCCUGACAACAGGCAUAUAUUUAACCAGAACAAUCACAACUUUGGGGGACCGCCCGAUAACUUUGCAAUGGGGCCAGUGAACCAGUUUGACUAUCAGCAUGGGGCUGCUUUUGGUCCACCUCAAGGUGGAUUUCACCCACCUUAUUGGCAGCCAGGACCACCAGGGCCGCCAGGUCCACCAGCACCUCCUGCACCUCCUCAGAAUCGAAGGGAAAGGCCCUCAUUCAGAGACCGACAGCGUUCACCUAUUGCGAUGCCUGUGAAGCAGGAGCCUCCACAGAUUGAUGCUGUGAAGCGGAGAACUCUGCCUGCCUGGAUUCGUGAGGGCCUGGAGAAGAUGGAACGAGAAAAACAGAAAAAAUUGGAAAAAGAGAGGAUGGAGCAGCAACGUUCACAGAUGUCUAAGAAAGAAAAAAAGGAAAGUGAGGAGGCUGAAGAAGGGGAUGGCCCACGGUUACCUCAGAAAAGUAAAUUU